AUGGUGGGACAGUCAGACGUCGCCUUUCGGCUGCAGACGGUGCGAAACGGAGCCACGUCGACCUGGACGCAAAUGUACAUGGCUCCCGAGCUCAACUCGGACCAAGUCAUGCUCGAGACGCUCCGCAAGAGUCUGGAAAUUGGCACGAAUGCGCCCAUAAACAUCAUCAGUGACCGAGACAGCUCGCUGUUCGGACAGUCCGCACCUCAGAUUGUGCAGCUUGCCGGCAACGACGUGCAGCAGCUUGUCGAAGCUGCGAGAAAGGUAGCACUCUUCGCCGACGCCAUCGAUCUCAAUCUGGGCUGUCCUCAGCGACAUGCUGAGCAGGGUCACUACGGCGCAUACCUACUGUCCAAGCAGGACUGGCCUCUGGUGACAGAGCUCGUAUCGGGUCUGGCGCAAGCGGUCGACGUGCCCGUCACGACAAAGAUCCGACUGACCGUGCCAAAGGAGCAGACUGCGGAGCUGGCCGUCUUGCUGGCUCAAGCAGGAAGCAGUCUUGUUACUGUACAUCCCCGUUUUGCGUCGUCCGUGCGACGAAGAAAAGGCUUGGCGGAUCUCGACCAGGUGAUUCAGGUGAAAGAAGCCCUGCGAAGCGAAGGUUUGCUUCGAUGCGCCGACCGACAGCAUGGAGACACGGCUGUGGUCAGCAAUGGCAACGUUAGGUGUUGGGAAGACGUCGUCAGCAAUCUCAAAUCGACGGGCGCGAGCGGCGUCAUGGUUGGCGAGUCGCUCUUGGAGAAUCCGAGGCUUUUCCAACCUUCUCUGCUACAGACGGACGGUUCCGUGCGGCCAGCGUCCAGCGAGAUGGCUCGAGAGUACCUCGACUUGCGCAACCAACACCAACACUUCGAGUCGCCCCUCAAGGUGGCAAAGCAACAUCUGCAGUCGAUACUUUGCUCCAUACCCCAUACCACAUCCAAUGACCCGGACAGCAUCGCUCAGUAUCAUCGUUCAGCAGCAUCCAUGACCCAACAUAUCAAAAGCAUUCAGACCGAAUCGGAUCUCACCCACUUUCGCCAGCAGCAUCUUACCCAGCAAUCCUAG